CGGAUAAAAACAUUUUUACAUAAAUUAAAAUUGUAACGUGUAUUUCAAUUAAUUAUUAUCAUUUUAAAUACAUCAAAAUGAUGUUAAGACUAUUAUGCCCUCGCAUUCUACCAGCAGUGUCCUUCCAGCAAAUCAGGAAUCUUCGACCAACCAUCAAAAUCGGUAGAGAGAAGUUCGAAAUAACUCUAAACGUGCACCAGUUCCUCAAAGAAGAGAUCAGAGUCAAAGCCAGACCAGAAUAUGUCUGCAUCGAAGGCAAACAGGAGCGAGAAACUAAAAGAGGUUACAUUAUAAGACAAUUUACGAGGAAAUUCAGGCUCCCCAAAGGUUGUAAUCCUCAGGCAAUAAGGUCUGAAUUGUCUCCUGAUGGUACUUUAACUAUUACAGCGCCCAGAGAGCAUUGUGAAAUAAAUUUGCCUUGUGAAAUGGCCGUGCCUAUUUCUCUUACCGAUAAAAAACCAGAAGACCAAUCUAUCGUUGAGGUGCAGAAAGAGAAAUUGUCAACUACUGAUUAUUGUAAGAAAAUGAUUGAAGAUUGUAAAAAGAAGAAUGAUGUAAAAUAGUCGCCGAAUGUUCAAGUAAAGUUUUGAUUUUGAUUGACAACGUUUUUUGCUGUCUUUUGAUUCUGACAUACUUAUCACAUGAGAGAAUUAAAAGCG